AUGGAUACACGACAUUUUAAGAUGGCUGAGAAAUUGGAUUAUAGUUUCCAAAUAUAUCUAACAAAUAUAAUAAAUUUCAUCUCAACACCCAUUAAUUUUCUUGGAUUUUUCUUAAUUUUGACAAGAUCGAAAUUGAGUUUACCAUUAUAUCGCUACACAUUAUUGGCAAAUAAUUUGUUUUUAUAUAUUGCACAACUUCAUUGGGGAACAACUUUUAAUUUAGUAUCACUUUUUCCAUUUCCUGCGUUUGUCGUUGGCGGAUUAGCAAAGAAUUUAUUAGAAUUCAAAGUUUUGGCUGUUAUUUGGAUGCUUCCAUUCUCACUUUCAGUUGUAACAACUUUUCACUGCCUUCUUGCCAGAUUGAAAAUUAUUGUUCAUCCAAAUAGUAUUAUUUAUGUAAGUUAAAUGUACUUUAGAACUUUCGAUCAAAUUUUCAUUUUGCUAUCAUGUGGUAGAAAUAGAACACUUCAAACUGAAAUUUAUCCCGAGAAAUAGCUGAUAAUUAGCAUUUAGAACAAGGUUAAAAUUAGCCACGUCAUAGGAGAAGAUCUUACAAAGUUUCUGAACUUGUUUUUCAUCUGCUAAUAACAGCCUAUCUGUCCGUUAUUGCAAAAACAAUGACGUGGCAAGUUCAGACGGAAAUUUUCAGAUGGAAAAACUAUUAAAAACAGAAACGUUAUCAGAAAUUCUGAUUCAGAACGAGCAAACAUUUUUAGAAAAAAACUCAAGAAUCCUGGUUUCAACUUGAAGUGAAAAAAGAGACUGAGAUUCUUAUAAAUCAUUGAGCAUAAUGUUUCAAGGCUCCAAAAUUUCAGUUCAAAACUCGUGGUUACAUAUUCAUUGCGUCUUUAAUUCUUAUUUAUGUUGUAACUGGUGCGUUCCUGAUUCUCUAUUUUGCAUGGCCAAAUGAAUUCGAAAGUCGUCGAAGACUUCCUCAACUUUACCCAAAUUGCCUCGAAAUUCUUGAAAAUCCUCACGCAAUUCUUUUGACUGGAACAAGCGAUAUCGAUUCAAUGAUUUUGGUAGCAAAAAUAAGUCUAGGAUCAGGAUCAAUUGUAUGCAUACAUGUUUUACCCCUGGAUUUAUCCAGGGUUGCGGUCUUACUAACUCCGAAAAAAAUUUGAGGUCCUACUAACUUUUUUGAAAAUCGAUUUUUUUGAAAAUUUUUUAAAUUAGUUAUCAUCAUAAAGUUUUGAACAUGAAAUAAUUUUUCGAUUUCAAAAUUGCUCUAGAUUAUGUCACAAGGUCCACUCUUACUCAUUAUCCAAAAUAAAUGCUUUUUCUGAAAGAUCUAGUGAGACCGCCGAACCAAAAACUCUCAAAAAUCUACUUUUUUCAACAAUACACCACUCUUAACAUAAUAAACUGUUAACGAAAAUUGAUUUUUUCAUCUGAAAAUCGUUCCAGGUUAUGUCAUAAAGUCUACUCAAAGGUAUUAUGCAAAAUAACUACACUUUCUAAGAAGUCUACUGAGACCGCCGGCCCAAAAACUAUCGAAAAUCUUCUUUUUUCAUCAAUACACCACUUUUAUCAUCAUAAAGUGUUAAACCAAAAUUGAUUUCAGCAUCUGAAAAUCGUUCUAGGUUAUGCCACAAGGUCUAUUCUUAAUUAUUAUCCAGAAUAAAUGCCCUUUCUGAAAGGUCUACUGAGACCGCCGGGCACUUAUAUAAAAUUCUGGAUAAAAUCCAGGGUAACCCUGGAUAAAAUCCAGUGGUCUCAACUAUUUUCCCCAUGCAGCAUUAUUUAUCAAUUUCAUAGUUCAAUAUACCUCAAUAGGACCUCUAGACACACUGUGCAAAUUUUCAAGCGAAAAUAUUAAUUUUGACAUACUUUUCUAGGUUUUGAGUUUUCUGGUAAUAACCAAUUUUCAACAUUUUCGAAUGGAAAAAAGUAUUUUAUCGUAUUUAUUCAUUGAAGAUGAGUUUUUAUAUUGUUGUAUAAGGUCUAAAGAAUUCGUAUUUCAAUUUACAAUUCAAUCCAUGAUUUUCUUCUAUAUUUUUUUGAAUAAUUGAAUGUAAAAUACAACAAUGUAAUUUACUGUUUGUGUUUUUUCUAUCUCUCAAACGCAUCCUAUUCAAAUGAGAAAAACAGCAUGCGGGUUAUGUGGGCACACAUAGCGCAGUGGUAGAGCGCUGAGUUAGGGACCCAAUGGUAGCUACCAUAGGGUUCGAGUUCACAUACUGGAAACGUGUUGCAAAAUUUUUCAAUUUUUUUCGAAAAAAAUAAAAAUUUUUUUUAGUGUGGGAGGCUUUUGCCCCCACACUAACGGUCUUACUAACUUUGAAAAUUUUUAUUUGAGGUCUCGCUAACUGUAGGGGUCGAUCCAGGGAGAAAAACAUGUAUGAUUGUAUGCCACUUUUCUCGAUUUUUAUUCGCUAAUUUAUUUCUUUUUUCAGCUGUUUCUCGCAUUAUACAUUCUAAUAACAUGUGAAAUAAAAAACCAGAGUACUAUAAUGAGUAGCAAAGCGCAAGUUUUCCAUCGUGAUUCUGUUCGAGAUAUGUUGAUUCAAACAAUUAUCAAAGGAAUUUCCAUCAUUCUAGCUCCAUUGGCAUUAUUGUACUGUUUUAUGUUGGAUGCAUCAAAAGACACAAGAAGUUGGUUACAUUUUCAGAAUCAUUUAUUCUAAAAAAAAGUUCUUGAAGUUUGCUCUUUAUAAUCCAAAACCCUGACUUGUGAUCAUCUCAAUAAGAAAACGUGCAAAAAAUAAAAUUCUAGUUGUGAUUCAUUGCACUGAAUAACUCGCAUCUCUUUGAUGCGUGAAAUUAUCAUUCGAAAAACAACCAAAAAUUUUCAGCUUUUAAUGCGAUAAGUAUGAGUAUAUUUGUUGGGGCAAGCAUUCCUUCAACAAUCGCAAUGAUGAUUCAAACAAAAGCCUAUCGAGGUUAUAUACUUUUCAUAUUCACGGGUAAACCAGAGGAAACUUCAAGGUCCACAAUGUUUCGUAAAAGUGUCAUCGAAAUCAAAAUAUGA